GGACCCGCAUGAGGUUUGGAUAUCGGAGUGGGUGGAGAGCCCUGGGAGACAAGACUGCAGGGCUAGACGGAGAGAGAGCCCUGCAAGCCGUGAGGAACACCCCAUCUUUCCGGGUCCCGGGCUGCCAGCCAAGGCUGGGAGACCAGGGACGAGGCCAGCGGACCGUUACGGAGAGGCCCCGAGGUGGACCCGGCCAGCCGUGUGCAAAGGGGCUGCAGGAGGGCGGUGUCGCCGCGUGAGGACAGUCCUCGGCAAUGCAGGGAUGGGCGGGGAGAUGAGCAGUCCUGGGAAGUAUUAUGGGCUGCACUGGGGGAUUUGGGGGGUCGCGGGCCGAGGAGGGCGGUGUGAGGACCGUGGGCGGCGGCACCCGCUAAGGCGGCGGCGGCGGCGAGAGCAGCAGCAUCCGCGCCCCGUCCACCCGCCCAGUCCGGGUUUGUUCAGUCCGGGCAGCAGCCAGGCAUACGGAGAAGGGAAGGGGGAAGGAGCCUUUACCUGGCUCUGCCGCGGCGGGUCCCAGGCCCCAGGUUCCGCUUCCCACUUAGCGCUCUCCUCCCCGCCACCCUCUUCUACGCAGUUCAGCCCCCCAGUUCCCUAAGGAGACUCCGCCAACUCCGCAAGACCCCGCCGGGAAGCAGAGCCCACCCCCUUGCCAAUCACGACCCGCUUUCUAUCGACCGAUGGGGCCUCUGGCCAAUAGGAAUAGCUGAUCCCGAGGAGCCAGGAGUAGGGGCGGGGCUGACAAAACUUAGAGGUGUGGCAAGCACUGGCUGCCCAGGCCCAGUCCCAGAGUGAGCUCCUCCCCGGCCUGUGGAACCCUAAAGUAGAACUGAUGGGCGGGAUCAAAUGGGACCGACAGCCAAACACAAACUCGCAAGAGAAGACGAGACCAAUCGGGCCCGGGAAAGGGGAGGGAUGUUCAGCCAAUAAGCAGUAGAGGACCCUAGCGUAUCUACCAAUAAGAAACUCGGGGUGUGUCUUCCAAGUUCACAGUGGGGAAGGAGGGUUUACCCGAGCAGAUGCUGGCCAAUGAGCUGAGAGGCCCAGCCAAGCUGAACCAAUCAGAGAGUCGCUCUGACCUCGGCACCGUUACUGGGGGCGAGGCCUCGGAGCUCACGUCAGGAGAAGGCCCCCUGGCCUUCCAAUGUGGGACUGGGGCGAAUUCUACUCCUCCCAAUCCGUGCUCGGCGCAGGCAAUUCAAACUGACAGCGGGUUAGAAAAAGCAGAGAAAGCGGAAGAAAAGAGCAAAACCCGGCGUGUUCGGUGACUGACUCCGGCGCGGACUGAGCCUAACCGGCGGCCUCGAGGCCGCCAUCUCAUCCAAACACCCACCGCUGGCUCCGGAGCGGCCGCUGUGGGAGAGACCUCAAGGGUGGCAAGUGCGCGAGCUGAGGGAGCGAGGACGCCGAGAGCCGCGGUGCAAGGGACGGGGACCGGCGGCCGAGCUCGGAGAAGGGAGCGCGCGGCUCAGGGCCGGAGCGGCGUGGAGAGGGCUGAGGGGCCUUGGAGCCUGCCCAGAGGCCGGCCGCGUGCAGCGGGGCAGGAAUCGGGGCGCCCUGCGGGCGGGGCUCGCACGGGGAGUGGUCAGGGGCGAGGCUUUCAAGGGAAGCCCGCUGGGAACCGGGACUCGCUGAGUUCCCGGGGCGGGAGCUCAGGAGCGCAGGACUCCGGAGACCACAGAAAGUGAAAGCUCUUCUCCAGUUUCCCUUCAACUCUACUUGUCUCUCCCCAAGUCAGAAGGAAGUCAAAUUUGCUCCUCCCACUCAAUAAAUACUAAUUUUUACCUUUCCACCGGGAAAACAGAACUGUCGGCCUAAUUUUAGAGCUUAGAGAACUCAAGGCCUCCCGACUCGGUGGUUAGCCUGGGGGAAUCAAAGCAGGAACGGUAUUGCUCGCUUCCCCUUUUUACAAUUCUGAACCUCGCUCUACGUGGGACGCUAUGUCUGCCAUCAACUGUACUUUCAAGGACCGAUGCGUGUCCAUCCUGUGUUGCAAAUUCUGUAAACAAGUCCUCAGCUCUAGGGGAAUGAAGGCUGUGUUGCUGGCCGAUACUGACAUAGACCUUUACUCUACAGACAUCCCUCCUACCGACACCGUGGAUUUCAUUGGAAGAUGCUAUUUCACUGGAAUCUGCAAAUGUAAACUGAAGGACAUUGCAUGUCUAAAAUGGUGUAAACUUCCUACUUUGGGGCAACUUGCCAGAGACAGAAGAAUGUACAGAUGAAGAUAUGUUAGAAAUUUCAGCAGAAGAGUAUAUUAGAUGAAUGGAUUACAAUGUAAUUACAUAUAAUAUUUUAUAGUUUUUUAUUUAAAAUAUUUAAU